CGCAUUUUCAAAACUGCCUUUCCGACGGUGCCACAUACAAAAAAUGAGGAACACACCGAUGCGAAAGAAGCUCAACCACCACAGAGCGAUCCGAAAGAAGCCGCCGUUCAUCAUGUGGAGGCUGCGCCGAAACAGGAAGGUUUGUCGCCAAAAGACGCCGUUAUGAGUGGAGAAGAGGGAGGGUUGGCUCGCAUCGAAGAAGUGCCUGAGCCGUGGAAUCCUGCGACCACCAGUCGAGGUACAGCGAACGGCAACGGGCAUCAUAGGCGCAACGGGGAGCUGUACAGAAAGCAGUUUCGGGAGUUCGUCAGGGCACAGGCAUCUCUGCAGGAAGAACCUCCUGAAACAAAAAAUUAUAACGGAGACGCUUCUCCUGCGGCAUCACUUAUGGGUACCGUCAACCCAUCUUUUACACCAUCUUUUAGUGAAUUCCUUCUCUGAAUAGGCUAAAAGAGGUUCUAAAAGAUGGGUUGUCGGUACGUCUAAAUCACCUCGGACGGACAGUGUGGAGUGAGUGGAGACAGUGGCUAGUAAAGAGAGUUUCAAAACCUACUAGCGUUUGACACGUCGAGCCGUGCUGUCUUUUGGUGUGGAAGGCGGUGAAAAAAGGGAAAUGUCUCUGGGAAGGUCUACCCGCAUAUUAUUCUCCGUGAGAAGAAGAACAAGAGCUUUUUUUCGUCUAGUAUUAGCAAGGCUAAAGGCACUUUGUUCACGCAUAUCGAUCAUGCAUACUGAGCCUUACACAUACUUGAGUGCCACUUAAGUGCUAGAGUGUAUAGUAGUAAGUAUUUGGUUCUCAAAAUUCUAACCUAACAAAAACAACCUCUUUGGAGAAAUGACAGGUGAAACUGCGGUUCUUUUGUUUGGGCGUGAGAACAAUGAAAAUAUCAAUCAUUAAUUUUAUAGGAGGACUUCUCAAGACGCCACAAUGAUGAUAUCCUCACAUCUGUGGUCUCGUCACAACGAAAUCUAUUAUACAUCAUUGACCUUAUUCGUUUUCAUGCAUAGCUGCAAUGUUGGCCAGAAGUAGAGGGCGACUCUGAUACUGUUUCUUUUCGGGCAGAGGUUCUAUAGGAUGUUCAUAUGCAACAAUUAUGGUUGUGCAGGAUCGUGAAUUCUACUGGAAAAACUUGUUUGUAUAGGAGUUGUUCUGAUGUUGACGUUUUUUAUCAACUUACCGGUAAAAAUUGCAGAAGCUGGUGGUGUGACG